AUGGCAAGUAUAAACCGGUUCAAGGAAUUUAUAGACAAACUAUACGUACUGUAUCACGCCUCGCCCAAGAACAGUCGGGAGCUGCACGUAUGUGCCGAUGAGCUUGGUGUACAACUGUUAAAAAUCGGUAGAGUGUUGAACACGCGGUGGGUCGCAUCAAGUUUUCGCACAGUUUCGGCCGUUUGGGAAAAUUAUGAGGUCUUAACCAACCAUUUUGCAGCAGCCAAAGUAGACCAGACGCGUGAUCCUUUGGAAAGAUCCAAAUACGAAGGCCUACACAGAAAGCUGACAUCAACGUGUUUCAUUUUGGAUUUGGGACUGAUGUGCGACGCAUUGCAAGAGCUGUCUGAUGUUAGUGAGGAGUUACAACAUCGAGACCUUGACCUAUUUCGAGCUAACAAGAAACUUCAGAUUUUGAUGAACAAGUUUGUUUCUCGAAAAGGCAGUCCUAGAAUGUUUUAUGCGCAAGCUGAGACAGCUGUCAACAACAGAAGUUUUAUGGGAAUCGAACUGUAUGUGAAAUCUAAAGAAGACCCCAUCAAUGUUGUGUUUUAUGACCACCUUGCUCAAUCAAUCGAAAAGAGGAUGCUCAGUGGAGACGAUGCAGUGUUGGCCAAUUGUGCCCGCAUAGUUGACAAAAGCACUUGGUCCAAAAACAUUAAAGACAAUAAUUUUGGAGAAAGAGACAUUGAAGCGCUCGCAGAUCGUCUACAAGUGAACAAACGAGAGGCAAUUAAAUCCUUCAGAGAAUAUGUUUUUGACAAUUGUAGAAAUUUGGUGGGAAAUUGUGAGAACAAUAGCUACCCAGAAAAUUUGCUACGUUUGACAACAGCUUUAAAGACAAUACCAAUAUCUUCCAGUGAGUGUGAAAGGGGAUUUUCCCAAAUGAACCUGAUAAUUACUGAUGGCAAAGCUUCCCUACUCACAAAAACUGUUUCUUCAUUAAUGUUUGUGAAGUUAAACAGCCCACCUCUUACUCCAUUUGAACCCUCGUACGUGAAUUCGUGGCUGCUUCGGGGACGGCACUCAGCAUUGGACACAAACAGAAAAGAAAGAGGCAGAGAAGAGACUUACGACAAAAACUUCUCCAAACUUUGGACAGUUCUAUAA